AUCUAGGACAGAGACUCUGGCACUGGGGAAUCAUAUGUCUGCGCUGAGCAUCCACUAAAUUGUUUACUUGGAGGACUGAUGUGAGGCGCACGGAUGAACCUCUGAAACCACCACUUGGCAGAUGAGUGUUACGGCCAGCUGCUCAUUGCAUCCCCGACCUUCCAAGCCAGAAAGGACUGACCUUGCUUCAUACAUCUGCCUCCAAAAGAGGAUUAAUGACUACAACCCAACCUAAAAGGAAGUGCCAUCAUUCCCCACCACAUUCCCCUCUGUUUGCCUGUGUGUUCUUCUAAAUCUUCAAAAUACUCCAGAGAUGCCCGGUUUGAUCCAAGGAGUGAAACUUACAAACUGUCCUGAGCUUGUUGAAUAUAUCUUCUUGAAUUUUUCUGAGAUCAAGGAGCUGAUAAAGAUGAUUAUCCAGCCCUGAGCACACAAGAAAACUAAGAACAAAUUAUGACAUCGACAUCUAAAGGAAUUUUCCGGCCAUUUUUGAUUAUCUUCAUUGUCCUCGGUUGUUUCAUGGCGUUUUUACUUAUUUAUAUCAAACCAACAAAUAGCUGGAUCUCUGGUCCUAUAGAAUCAGCCAGCUCAGUUUUGAAAAUGAAGAACUUCUUUUCUUCCAAAACUGAAAAUUUUAAUGAAACAACUAUUUUGAUCUGGGUUUGGCCAUUUGGUCAGACAUUUGAUCUGACCUCUUGUCAAGCCAUGUUCAACAUCCAUGGAUGCCAUCUGACUAUUGACCGUUCACUAUACAACAAAUCCCACGCCGUUCUCAUUCAUCACAGGGACAUCAGCUGGGAUCUAACUAAUUUACCUCAGCAAGCUAGGCCACCGUUCCAGAAAUGGAUUUGGAUGAAUUUGGAGUCUCCAACUCAUACUCCACAAAAAAGCGGAAUUGAGCAUCUCUUUAACCUGACUCUGACCUAUCGGCGCGAUUCAGAUAUUCAGGUGCCUUAUGGUUUCAUGAUGGUUGGUACAAGUUCCUUUACUUUUGAAGUGCCAAGUAAAGAAAAUUUGGUGUGUUGGGUCGUAAGUAACUGGAACCCAGAGCAUGCUCGAGUCAAGUAUUACAAUGAGCUUAGCAAAUAUAUUGAAAUCCAUACCUAUGGACAAGCCUUUGGAGACUACAUCAAUGAUAAAAACUUGAUUCCAACUAUUUCCAGUUGUAAAUUCUACCUUUCAUUUGAAAAUUCAAUCCACAAAGAUUACAUUACUGAGAAACUUUACAAUGCUCUUCUGGCUGGAUCAGUACCAGUUGUACUGGGACCUUCCAGAGAAAACUAUGAGAAUUACAUUCCAGCAGACUCUUUCAUACAUGUGGAAGAUUUCCUCUCACCAAGAGAGCUGGCAGAAUAUCUUUUGAUGCUUGACAAAAAUAACAAGAUGUAUCUUAGCUAUUUCAACUGGAAGAAGGAUUUCUCAGUGCAUCUUCCUAGGUUCUGGGAAUCACAUGCAUGCCUUGCUUGUGAUCAUGUGAAAAGACACCAAGAAUAUAAGUCCAUUGGAAAUCUAGAAAAAUGGUUUUGGAAUUAAUUUUUUUUUCUUUAUGUGCACUUUUUGAAGUAUCAGAAAGAAUCCUUAGUCCAAGUGGAGAGGAAAGCAAAGGAAAAAAAAAAAAAAACAAAAAAAAAGGAAAAGAAAACCUUAUGUCAUGUUUAUCAGCUAUCCUCUCCUGGCUAUCCUAUUUAUAUUUUGUAAGAAAUUUUAAAAGAUCAUCAGCAACAGUCAUCAAUACUCAGUUUUAAAUUAUAAUGUACAUACUAAUUAUGUGCACUGAAGAAUAUUUUAUUGUUUACUAUAAUUUUUAAACAAGAGUCUUUCACAUUUUCUGUGGAAUGCGUCCCAGUCUUACACACAAAGCAGUCAUUUUUAACACUGUUCUUUUUACUUUAGAUUAGCUGUUCAACCUAUUUGGAAAAUGAAGACAAAGUACUUUAGAGAAUUUUAAGAAAAUAAUUUGCUGUUCUAGUCUGAAAAUGUCUGUAAUAUUUCAAAAGACAGUAAAGUUUUUUAUGGUUCAUCUUAAAUUUUAAGAACACAUUAAAAUCAAUACCAACUAUUAUGCCAGUGUGCACCUCUUUUUAGGAGUAACGAAUUUAGAAACACAGUUUUAAAAAACUAUCAAAAUAGUAGAAAGUCCUGGUUUCUAAAAAGGGAGAUGAGUUUCCCAGUAAAGAGCUUCACUAAGUUACUUCUGGAAUCUAUCUGUUUUAACUCUCCUAAGAAUCAAGCUGUCUGAGAGAGAGAAGAUGAAUAAUCUUAGUUAAAGAAACCCUGAUUCAUUCAGUUUUUGAGUUCAUUUAAAUUCAGCAUGUACUUGCAUCCCAUUUUGUCUCACGCAUUGUUUACAUGAGCCAGGGCUGUAGCUUUUAAACAAUUUUAGUAAAGGCAUUUCAUUACAUCAACCUCAUAUAUACUGUAAGGCCGGUAAUAAUGAGUUUUUGAAAACAGACUGUUGAGAAAUUUUAGCAAAUUUUCUUAUGUAAUUUUCUGGAUAACUGUGUAUUAUUCCCCAAUUCUUUAGAGAUUUCUUGAACUUUAAUUGUAGUUGGGUAAUUUACUGUAAUGGCUGAUUAGUGUG